AUGAACAUCAUCAUCUAUGCUGCAUCUGCAAUCACUAUGGUAUGCUUCUUGGGAAGUUUUAUUGGAUACCUCGCAGCCGUGCGCCCACUCGAUAAGUGGUGGGCCUGGGGCGAUGCUACAGCGGAACAGUUCCUCGCCAUGCAGAACAUCAACAUCGCCUACGACAGCCUGACGGUGUUUACUGACUUUUUAAUCUUUGUACUCCCGCUCAAGUCAAUCUGGGGACUGAAUAUGAAUCGCCCCAAAAAGAUUGGUAUCAUCGUGUCAUUUUGCUUCGGUUUCAUCACCUGUUUCAUUUCUCUUGCACGAGUUGUCUUCACACAUGGCUACCAAUGGAAGAAUCUAUACGACGAAGGAACUGUGUGGAGUCUUGCAGGCGUCGAGCCAGUGGCAGGUAUUAUCUCUGCAUGCCUCCCUGGAUUGCGUCCACUGUUGCCCAAGACAUUCAAGAUGACAUCUUACGGCACUCCUGCGAACCCCAGUCGAUUCAGGACUACUGGUACUACAACGACAGAUAAUGUCAAAAAGAGUACCAUCAAGGACCCUAACCCAUUUACGGUCCUCAAUGAUGAUAGCUCGGUGACAGAAUUCCGACAUACUGUCAGGGAGGUCCCUUCGAGAUCGGAGGUCAGUGAUGAUUACAUUGAGCUGGAAGAGCGGCGGCCGAAGGCUUUCGAUGCCUAG